AGCAUGCGAAUUCCGGAAAUGACGUUUAAUUUACGCGCCACUCACGCAGGCGGGUUUUAAGCGCCGAGACGCGGCUGCAGAUUUCACUCUUCUUAUUUAUUUUUGUUAUUAGAAAGAAUUACAGCACCGAAACGCGAUGUACGACCAAGAUGAAGAUAUCCAGUAUGACGAGGAUGAUGAUGAGAUCACUCCUGAUCUGUGGCAGGAAGCCUGCUGGAUUGUUAUCAGUUCCUACUUCGAUGAGAAAGGUUUGGUGCGGCAGCAGCUGGACUCGUUCGACGAGUUCAUACAGAUGUCCGUGCAGAGGAUUGUGGAGGACGCGCCGCCCAUCGACCUGCAGGCUGAGGCCCAGCACACCUCCGGAGAGGUGGAGGAACCGCCUCGGUUCCUGCUGAAGUUCGAGCAGAUCUACCUGUCCAAGCCGACGCACUGGGAACGAGACGGCGCUCCGUCACCCAUGAUGCCCAACGAAGCACGACUCCGCAACCUCACGUACUCGGCUCCUCUGUAUGUGGACAUCACCAAGACCAUCAUAAAGGAGGGAGAGGAGCAGCAGCAGACGCAGCACCAGAAAACCUUCAUCGGAAAAAUUCCCAUCAUGCUGAGAUCCACCUACUGCCUGCUGAGUGGUCUGACAGACCGUGACCUUUGUGAGCUGAACGAGUGUCCCCUGGACCCGGGCGGAUAUUUCAUCAUCAAUGGCUCAGAGAAGGUGCUGAUCGCUCAGGAGAAAAUGGCCACGAAUACAGUGUACGUGUUCGCCAAGAAAGACUCUAAAUACGCCUACACAGCUGAGUGCAGGUCCUGUCUGGAGAACUCCUCCAGACCAACCAGCACCAUCUGGGUCAGCAUGAUGGCCAGAGGAGGGCAGGGCGUGAAGAAGAGCGCAAUCGGUCAGAGGAUCGUCUCCACCUUGCCGUACAUCAGACAGGAAGUUCCCAUCAUCAUCGUUUUCCGAGCGCUGGGCUUCGUGUCCGACCGAGACAUCCUGGAACACAUCAUCUACGACUUCGACGAUCCCGAGAUGAUGGAAAUGGUGAAGCCGUCUCUGGACGAGGCGUUCGUGAUCCAGGAGCAGAACGUGGCCCUGAACUUCAUCGGCUCCAGAGGGGCCAAACCGGGAGUCACAAAAGAGAGGAGAAUCAAAUACGCCAAGGAGGUCCUACAGAAGGAGGUGCUCCCGCACGUCGGCGUGUCCGACUUCUGUGAAACCAAGAAAGCGUACUUUUUGGGUUAUAUGGUGCACAGGCUUCUGCUGGCGGCUCUGGGCAGAAGAGAACUGGACGACAGGGAUCAUUAUGGCAACAAGAGGCUGGAUCUGGCCGGGCCCCUCCUGGCGUUCCUCUUCCGAGGGAUGUUCAAGAACCUGCUGAAGGAGAUCAGGAUCUACGCUCAGAAGUUCAUAGACAGAGGGAAAGACUUCAACCUCGAGCUGGCCAUCAAAACGCGCAUCAUCUCCGACGGUCUAAAGUAUUCUCUGGCCACGGGUAACUGGGGCGACGUCAAAAAAGCCCAUCAGGCUCGGGCCGGGGUGUCUCAGGUGUUAAACAGACUAACAUUCGCCUCAACGCUUUCUCACCUUCGCCGCGUGAACUCGCCCAUCGGCCGAGACGGCAAACUGGCAAAGCCGAGGCAGCUCCAUAACACCUUGUGGGGUAUGGUGUGUCCCGCCGAGACGCCCGAGGGCCAUGCUGUAGGUCUGGUCAAGAACUUGGCCCUGAUGGCAUACAUCUCGGUGGGUUCGCAACCGUCACCCAUCCUGGAGUUUUUGGAAGAGUGGAGCAUGGAGAAUUUAGAGGAGAUCUCACCCGCUGCUAUUGCCGACGCUACCAAGAUCUUCGUAAACGGCUGCUGGGUGGGAAUCCACAAGGACCCCGAGCAGCUGAUGAACACUCUGAGGAAGCUCAGAAGGCAGAUGGACAUCAUUGUGUCUGAGGUGUCGAUGAUCCGCGAUAUCCGAGAGCGCGAGAUCCGGAUUUACACGGACGCCGGGCGGAUCUGUCGUCCGCUGCUCAUCGUGGAGAAACAGAAGCUGCUGCUGAAGAGGCGCCACAUCGAUCAACUCAAAGAGCGAGAAUACAACAACUACAGCUGGCAGGACUUAGUGGCGAGUGGUGUAGUCGAGUACAUCGAUACUCUGGAGGAGGAGACCGUGAUGUUGGCUAUGACUCCAGAUGAUCUCCAGGAGAAGGGUGUGGCCUACUGCUCCACCUACACGCACUGUGAGAUCCAUCCAUCCAUGAUCCUAGGAGUUUGUGCGUCCAUCAUUCCUUUCCCCGAUCACAAUCAGUCUCCUAGGAACACCUACCAGUCUGCUAUGGGGAAGCAGGCUAUGGGUGUGUACAUCACCAAUUUCCACGUGCGUAUGGACACCCUGGCUCACGUCCUGUAUUACCCGCAGAAGCCUCUGGUCACUACACGCUCUAUGGAGUACCUGCGCUUCAGAGAGCUGCCAGCAGGCAUCAAUUCCAUUGUGGCCAUUGCAUCAUACACGGGUUACAAUCAGGAGGACUCGGUCAUCAUGAACCGUUCUGCCGUGGACCGAGGAUUCUUCAGGUCAGUGUUCUAUCGCUCUUAUAAAGAGCAGGAGUCGAAGAAGGGCUUCGAUCAGGAGGAGAUUUUCGAGAAACCGAAGCGUGAAGAGUGUCAGGGAAUGCGUCACGCCAUCUACGACAAGCUGGACGACGACGGCCUGAUAGCGCCGGGCGUGCGCGUGUCCGGCGAGGACGUGAUCAUCGGCAAAACGGUCACUUUACCCGAAAACGACGACGAGCUCGACAGCACGAACCGACGCUACACGAAGAGGGACUGCAGCACGUUUCUGCGCACCAGCGAGACCGGCAUCGUCGACCAGGUCAUGGUCACGCUCAACCAGGAGGGCUACAAGUUCUGCAAGAUCCGGGUGCGCUCCGUCCGAAUCCCUCAGAUCGGAGACAAGUUCGCCAGUCGACAUGGACAGAAGGGAACCUGCGGUAUCCAGUACAGGCAGGAGGACAUGCCCUUCACAUGCGAAGGAAUAACGCCAGACAUCAUCAUCAACCCCCACGCUAUCCCGUCCAGAAUGACAGUCGGUCACUUGAUCGAGUGUCUUCAGGGGAAGGUUUCUGCGAAUAAAGGGGAGAUCGGUGACGCCACGCCGUUCAACGACGCUGUGAAUGUGCAGAAAGUGUCUAACCUGCUGUCUGAAUAUGGCUACCACCUACGAGGAAACGAGGUGCUGUAUAACGGUUUUACGGGUCGUAAGCUGACCUCCCAGAUCUUUCUGGGCCCUACUUAUUAUCAGCGGCUUAAGCACAUGGUGGAUGAUAAGAUCCACUCGAGGGCACGAGGUCCCGUCCAGAUCCUCAACAGGCAGCCUAUGGAGGGCAGAUCACGUGAUGGAGGCUUGCGUUUCGGAGAGAUGGAACGAGAUUGUCAGAUUGCUCACGGUGCAGCCCAGUUCCUGAGGGAGCGGCUGUUCGAGGCGUCCGAUCCCUACCAGGUGCACGUGUGCAACCUGUGCGGCCUCAUGGCCAUCGCCAACACGCGCACGCACACGUACGAGUGCCGGGGCUGCCGCAACAAGACCCAGAUCUCGCUGGUGCGUCUGCCGUACGCCUGCAAGCUUCUCUUCCAGGAGCUCAUGUCUAUGAGCAUCGCCCCACGCAUGAUGACCACCUGAACCCCGCACUGCUGAACCAUGGGAAACGGGACGAGCACCGGCGUUUUCCCUCGUCACAACCGCACACACUCUACCGGCUUUCCUAAAGUAUCUCUGAUGGUCAUUUUGGUGUCCAGUAUCGUAUUUUUAUUUUUUUGUAAAAUGUAGGAGGAAAUAAAGCUUUGAUUGUUUUGUG